GUCAGAGGAGGCGAGUCCCUGGUGGUGUGGUGACUCGGGCUAGCCCCUUUGGUCUUUCCUGACUUCCCGGGCCUUUGGGCCCGCAUCCUGCAAAGAUGCCGAAGGUCAAGUCGGGGACGAAAGGCCGCCGCCAGGAGCGGCAGGAACAGCGCCGGCAGCUGAAAAACGCCGGAGGACUGAUGUUCAACAAGGGGGUUGGGCAGCACAUUUUGAAAAAUCCUCUCAUUGUUAACAGCAUUAUCGAUAAGGCUGCCUUAAGACCAACGGAUGUGGUGCUAGAAGUUGGACCUGGAACUGGCAACAUGACUGUAAAGCUGUUAGAAAAGGCAAAAAAGGUAGUUGCCUGUGAACUUGACCCAAGGCUAGUAGCUGAACUUCACAAAAGAGUUCAGGGCACGCCUGUGGCCAGCAAACUUCAAGUAAUGGUGGGUGAUGUGCUGAAAACAGAUUUGCCAUUCUUUGAUGCUUGUGUGGCAAAUUUGCCUUAUCAGAUCUCGUCUCCUUUUGUCUUCAAGCUGCUGUUGCACCGACCUUUUUUUAGAUGUGCUAUACUCAUGUUUCAAAGAGAAUUUGCUCUCCGACUGGUUGCAAAACCUGGAGAUAAGUUAUACUGCAGACUCUCAAUUAAUACACAGCUGUUAGCACGUGUGGACCAUCUAAUGAAAGUCGGAAAGAAUAACUUCAGACCACCACCCAAGGUAGAAUCCAGUGUUGUAAGAAUAGAACCUAAGAAUCCGCCACCACCUAUUAAUUUUCAGGAAUGGGAUGGCCUAGUAAGGAUCACCUUUGUUAGGAAAAAUAAGACACUGUCUGCUGCAUUUAAAUCAAGUGCAGUGCAACAGCUGUUGGAAAAAAACUACAGAAUUCACUGUUCGGUCCACAACACUAUAAUACCAGAAGAUUUCAGCAUAGCAGAUAAAAUACAGCAAAUCCUAAUCAGCACAGGUUUUAGUGACAAACGGGCCCGUUCCAUGGACAUAGAUGACUUCAUCAGAUUGCUACAUGGAUUCAAUGCAGAAGGUAUCCAUUUUUCCUAGGUAGUUGGAAAACAAUUUUUCAAGGUCAAGAUAAGAAAAGAAACAAAUUACAUAUUUUUAAUAUUUGAGAAGAUGGAACUAUGCUUUUGCUCCACUGGGACAUUAUUUGCUUGACUAUUUUGAUUUAAUACUACUGUUGUCACCACUUAUUAUUCUGAAUUUUUAAGGUGGUCAGUUCUAAGUACCUAAGUCUUUCUGGUUUGGGUGUUUGGGUUUGUUUUCUAUAUAACAUAAGGCAGGGUCCAGUCUACACAUAAUAACCUUCAAGUUCAAGAGCCGCAGGUACGCACAACUUUAUACUUAAGCUUAUCAUUUCUAACAGUUUAUUGUAUAAAGAAGUUACUUUUCUAUUUACUGUGUUAUAUACUCUGAGGCCCUCUUUAGGCCUUCAGCUCUGUCCCUUGAGUAGUAAAAAAGUUAAAAUAUGCUUAACUAGUCACAUAUUCCCCAUGCUAUUUCUUAUUAUUCAAAUGUACAGUAAAACAGUUAUUUCUUCAGACGUUUUCAA